AAAUGUCCCAUCAUUGCCUGAAUUGAGGCAAAAAUGCAGUAUACUAACAAUGUAGAAAGGCCGACUUUGCAUGAACCGAGAACUUAUCUUCAGAUUUCUAACUAGCAAAUUAUGUCGUCGAUAAUAUGAGGACAUUUGUCUACAUUUUCAUAAGGAUCUCGCUGAAAAUAAGUGUUUUUGCCAAAGCAAAUAACUCGAUUUCGCCACCCCCUCGUGGUCCCCGUCUCUCCUCCCAGUCCUGUCUUGGAAGGGCUAGUGACGAGUGGUUUGGUCCUUUUUCGUGUUAGAUUCACAUCAACGAGGAAUGAUGCUUCGACAUUUUCUAAAUGUGAGGUAAACUGUUGGUAUAGUUUGCUAACGUUACGUAUCAAUGUAAGAAAAAGAGGGCCACUUUAACGAAUGCAUCAUUCAUACAUUAUUUUAAACCAGUGAGAUUGGAAUUUGAAGACGGAGACCUUCCGACCCUUUCCCCCGAACCUGGAUAUCGGAAUGGUGGCUUGGAGCACCGAUAAUCUGGACACUUCCGGGGAGCCCACUACCCGCUCCGUGGGCACCACUGCCAACUUGAAGGGGAAGAUGAGCAAGAGGCUGUCUGUUGUGAAAGGUCACUUCCCUAAGCUCGUUGACUGUGCCCACUUCCACUAUGACAAUGUGGAGUUUGGCUCCAUCGAGUUGCAGUUUGCGAAUGAGCAAAGCGUUGCUAGCUGGAACUCGGGCUCUGCCAAAAACCUGGUUUUCCUGGUGCAGGUGUCCUGUCAGGCUAAGAUGUGGAUGGUUCGGCGCUCCUAUGAGGAGUUCCGUACUCUGGACGCUCACCUCCACCAGUGUAUCUACGACCGGCGUUACUCCCAGCUGCUGCCCCUGCCACCCCUCAGCGAGAUCGGGGACAGGGUAGAGAUCUUCACCCCGCUGCUGUCGGAGUACCUGAGCCGCCUCUCCAUGAUCGUGGACAACAAGCUCAACUGUGGGCCUGUGCUCACCUGGAUGGAGAUUGACAACCGUGGGAAUCGGUUCCUCCUGAAAGAGGAAGCUUCGCUCAACGUUCCCGCCAUCGCCGCUGCUCAUGUCAUCAAGCGCUACACGGCGCAGGCCAGCGACGAGAUCUCCAUUGAGGUGGGAGAUAUCCUGUCUGUAAUUGAUAUGCCACCCAAAGAGGACUCCAACUGGUGGAGGGGGAAGCAUGGCUUCCAGGUGGGCUUCUUCCCCAGUGAGUGUGUGGAGCUCAUCAACGAGAAGCCUCAGUCCACCGCUAAAAUAGAUGGAGAUCCAGCCAACUCCAGCGCACCAGGACCUCCCUCUCCUACAUCCGUUUCUAAGAAGCACGGCAAGCUGAUAGGAUUCCUGCGCACCUUUAUGAAGUCCAGGCCCACCAAGCAGAAGCUCAAACAGAGAGGCAUUCUUAAGGAGAGGGUGUUCGGCUGCGACCUGGGAGAGCACCUCCUCAACUCAGGACUGGACGUUCCACAGGUUCUAAAGAGCUGCUCAGAGUUCAUAGAGAAGCAUGGUGUGGUGGACGGCAUCUACAGGCACUCUGGAGUCUCCUCCAACAUUCAGAAACUCCGACAUGAGUUUGACAGUGAGAAUGUUCCAGACCUGACCAAGGAUAUGUACAUGCAGGACAUCCACUGUGUGGGGUCCCUGUGUAAGCUCUACUUCAGAGAGCUGCCCAACCCCCUGCUCACCUACCAGCUCUAUGACAAGUUUGCUGACUGUAUGGGAGAGAUGACGGACGACGAGCGCAUGGUGAAAGUACAUGAUGUCAUCCAGCAGCUCCCACCACCGCACUACAGGACCUUGGAGUACCUCGUUAGACACCUGGCUGGUCUGGCCACCUGCAGCGGAGAGACCAACAUGCACAUCAAGAACCUGGCCAUUGUCUGGGCCCCCAACCUGCUCAGAUCUAUGGAGAUCGAGGCGGUGGGUCUGAGUGGUGCUGACCCGUUUAAGGAGGUGCGGAUCCAGUCUGUGGUGGUGGAGUUUCUCCUCGGUCACGUGGAUGUGCUCUUCAGUGACUCCUUCACCUCUGUAGGACGCUUCACAGGCACAGGGCGGCACUCUCUGACCAGGCCCAAGUCCUUUGUGUCCGCCAGGCUGCUCUCCCUAGAAGAGGCCCAGGCCAGGACACAGGCUCCUCUGCUCCUCCAGGGGGCGCCAGUCCAGGGCCAGUUCCACACCGUGCUGGACCACCCUGUCGACAGGAGGAAGAGAGGGAUGAAGGUACGGAAGGCAGCUGGAGGGAGCUGGAAGACAUUCUUUGCGAUCAGGAAGCCUCCGGGGGUGGGGAGACGUAAACCAAUGAGGAUUAGCUCCCUGUUCCAGCCCGCCACCUCACACGCAGGUUGUCGUGUGGACAGUGUGACCCUGCGUUCAGCUAAGAGUGAAGAAUCCUUAUCGUCCCAGCACAGUGGAGCAGGACAGUCUAUCCGUCUGCGGCGGCCCCGCUCCAGCAGUGACGGUCUGUCUUUGGCUGCCUCCAUGGACCCCCAGCGCCCCCCGUCCCGCCUGCCUUCCAGCCGCUCGUAUGACAGCCUGCUGCCUGAGGACCGCCGGCCCAGGGAUGAUGGGGACGAUGAGCAGGAUGAAGACGAGGAAGGCAUCUACAUGCUGCCUGACUUCUCCAACCAGGACCCGGCUGCUUCCUGGAUGGCCGAGGACGUCAUUGACUUCAGCCCCACCUUCCUGGAGGACGGACCAAUCGGUUUGGGCAGCAGCGCAGUCUCCGCGGGCGGCAGGGAGUCCCCGCCAACUGCCACCCCUCCCUACCGCUGCCUCAACCACCAAGGACACUCUCACUCCAGCAGCCAGCGCUCAAUCACAGAGGACCCCGACUCGGUGCUCAACCAAUCGGAUGCGGCCGUCAGGAGGAGUCUGAUCAUCGCCGCCACAGCCCCGCCCCUUCAGGUGUUCUGUCAACACAGACCGGCCAAUACCAGCCCAUCUGCCGGCCAAUCAGGGGAAGGCUCCAACCGGAGUACCUCAAACAGCCAGGGCCAGCCCACUACACCUGGGACCUCUGCCCCGUCUGCUCAGCCCCUAACAGAGAGAAGAUCUUUCACCCGGAAGAUGGUGAACGCCUUCUCACAAAAAGCCCCCAAGUCCCCUACACUGGACAUCUCUGACCCUGUAUCCAUCAGCGUCCCUGCUAAGGUGUUGGACAUGAUUGGCGGGCGAGCUGGUGAAUUACAGCCUGGCAUCCCAAGCAUUGGACCCUCCCUGUCACAGCCUCCUCAGAUGAUCUCCAUGCUGCUGAGGUCAUGUGACUUCCAGCUGACGGAGAGCUGCCAGCAGGAGAUCUGCAGCAAACUGGGCCCCGAGGCCAAGAUCAGAGGACAUGGUAUAACGGAACCCACCGGUCCCCCCCUGCUCUCCCAGCCUCCCCCUCCCCCUCCUAAAAACCCAGCACGCCUCAUGGCUCUGGCCCUGGCUGAGAGUGCCAACAAGGCCCUGAGACAGGGCGCCUCGCCCCCGUACCGCCCCCCUCAGUCCCGGUCCCAGGACGCAGCCGACACCCACUACCAGAGGUCCCUGUCUGCCGACGCAGGAGAGAUGCUGUCCUCUGAUCCCAAUCCGCUCUACUCCACAGUGCGCCCCCUGUCUGUGUGGAUGACCGAGGGAGAGGAAAACGUGACGGGGACUGCAGCAGAUACAGGACACGGCCAGGGAGAGAGGACUCCAGGACAGGAUACGGAGACCCUGUCCUCUGAGACAUCUGACUCUGUGGCGUCCAACUCGGAGCUGUCUGGUGGGAGCGCCUCUGGAGACGACCAGACCCCCAGCCCCAUCUACAAGAACCAGAAGCAGCUGCCCCAGUUACAGCCCCCCAAACCAGGCCAGUCUGGGGAGAGACCUAGCCCCACUGAGUCCCAGUCUCAGAGGAAGCCCCCAGCCUACUCACGCCAGUUCUCUGCCCCUCACCUCCAACAGAAAUCAACCUCCAACCAGUCCAAGCCGUCCUCAGCCCACCCCCAGCUCCUGCACUCCAAGUCAGAGUCCCCUCUGACUCAGGUCCGUGCCUUCCAGCCCACCCGCCCCAAAGUACCCCCUAAGCCCCUGGAUCUGAAGCGUCCCCACAGAGCACCACUGGCCCAGAAUGAGAUGCGUCGCUCCCUGGACUCAGGGCGCAUCAGGCGGAUCUUUGGUCAGCAGGGGAACCCUCCUCUGGCCAGGGCCUUCUCAGAGCGUCUGAGUGGAGCUCCAGACCACCUCGCCCACUACCACGCAGCCAGGGCAGCCAGCCAACCAUCCCCGGGUCAGCAGACCCAGAUCCGGCCCGUUCCCCUCUCCUCCACCUCAGAGGACCAGGGAAAGAUGGAGAACUUCUACUACGAGAUCGCCGGGCCUGGGAACCCGCAGGGCCCCCCCAGCUAUGCCCGCCACAGCUACCAGAACAUGAGGCUGGACCUGGAGGGUAACUUCCGCCCGGCCCCCCACCCAGAGGCCAACAAAAGGCCCAUCUCCCGGGGGCAUCACCAACACCAACCCCAGCCUCUCCACCACAACCAGGGUGGACCCAGAGGGGAGAGGGGGCCCCAGCUCUGGUCCAAAGAAGCCACGCGGGCUUGGGCAGCUGCCCACUCCCAGUCCCACUCAUUCUUCCACGGACACUCCCACUCCCAGGACGGUUCCACCCACCACCAUCACCCCUCUCACCCCCGGCCCCAGCGCCAGACCUCCUCCUCAGUCCGGCUGGCCCGUAGUGAGAUGCACCCCCUCCCCUCCUCCUCCAUGGUUCCCCUGGCGCUCUACCAGCACCAACACAACCUCCACCGCUCCAAUAGGUCAGCCUCUACAGACCUCACCGCCUCCCAGCUACACCCCUAUUUUGAAAACGGGAAGGUGUGCUAUCGUAAGCCAGAGGAGGCUCCUCUGAGUCUGAGUCAGCCUCCCCAGGGCAUCUCUCUCCAGGGUCAGCCAUCCCAGCCCUCCCCUCCCCAGGCCCACAGACCAACCUCCAAGGACCUGUCUGAGCCCAUCUACAUCAACUUCCCUUUCCUCAGCCCCUCUACUGGGACCCAAAACACGAAGAACUGGACCAGCACAGACCUGGAUGGAGACUCUACACAGGAUUCUGAACCACUUGCCACACCAAAUGACCCCCCUGCCCCAGAGGACCAGACACAAUCCUCCCCCCGCCUGGCCCCUGACCAGGGAGGCUCCACCAGCGUUAGCCUUACCCCCUCCACUCCAGGCAGCCCAGCCGCCCACAACGACUCGGCUGCAACGACCCCAGGGAGCAUCCAGGAGAGCGACUUCCUCCCAGCGCCCACAGCGUCUACAUCGACAGGGAUCCACUACCGCAGCCGCUCAGACCCCCAGAGCUCCAGCUGCAGUACGGUGCACAUCCCGGGUCUGUCGGGGAAGGAGAUCGCCUCCCUGCUGAUAGAGAAGCUGGCUGAGGAGGAGAGGGCUGAGGGUCCCUCCACAGUCACCUCCUCUUCUGCCUCCACCAGCUCCUCCCCUGCCAUGGAGCACCCUGCCAACCCCUACCCCAGCCAGCAGCACAACCAGCCCCCGCCUGCCUAUAAUGUCUACACCCCGGGCCCCUCACUGAUCAGGGCUCCUCAGAGGGCCGGGGCAGGGGGCUUCCAACGCCAAGACCCGCUCCGGAGGUCCUCGCCCGGGGGCCAGUACAGGCAGGCCUUUGACGUCAUGCCCUCAGGCGAUCAGGUGCUCAAAUACUACCGGACCCAAGACUUUACCCCUGGGCCCCUGGGAGAGCACCAGAGCUCUGGCACUAACCCCUACCCCCCUCGGCAGCACUAUCAAGAGCCCCCCUACCCCAUCCAGAGCCCCCAGGACCCCUGCUCCUCCGGCUACCCCAGCCAGCCCCUCUUGGAGCCCUCAGACUCCCCGUCUGCAGCCUUCUCCAACCUGACGCUGGGGGCCCCCUGGCCCUACCCCGGCCAGCCAGGAGGCCCCCAGUACAGCCAAUACCCAUUCCAUCCUGGCCCGAUGCUGGGCCAAUACCCCAACCCUCCCCCCCGCAGAGAGUUGCGGCCGCAGGGUCUGAGGAACCCGAGAGGGCUGGCACGGCAGGGCAGCUUACCUGGACCAUCACCCAACUGGACCAUCCAUACUGAGGGUCAGACACGCAGCUACUGCUGAGGAGGAGCACAAAGUAGUCUUUUACACACGGUACCCUAUCAGAUUGAAUGUGAAAGAGGGAGAAAUAGCUAGGAAGAGACCAUGUAAAACUCUCAUAGUCCACAGAGAAAGGGAACAGGACGAUAGGAAGCCUUCCUGGAAGCAUGAGACAACCAGUCAUGUUUAGAAAUGGGACCACGGGCAAGGUAUUCUGGGGUAGCUAGACAUAAAGUCCAGUUUCCUGUUUGAACAUUCCCUGGGGCCUAUCACCAUUUCACACCUGCAACCACUGGACCCAUGAGGAAUAAGAGAUCAAAGAGAUGAACCGAAAAGUGGCUUAGAUUUGAAAACAUUCCAGAGCAGACUGUUGUUGUGAACAUUGAGAAAGAAAGGCAAAUGGCUGCCAGGGUCUUUUCUGGAUCAAAAUGUGCUUAGGUGGUGGGCGUGGCCAAUGGUGCGGUGGCCGAGCAACCAUUUUAGAGGCCCUUCUGUUGGCCGCAGUGACAGAAUGUAGCAGUUUUAAAGCACAUUUUCUCCAAUUCAAAAAAACUAUUGUGGCCCCAUGCCAUGACAAAAACUCCUGAAUGCAUAAUUUAAUGAAUUGUAGAUUCUCCGUGUCUAGCUUUUAUUUUAGUUAUGGUUAGCUCUCAAAGAUGAUCUUAUUAAAAAAUAUAUAGGUCCAUUAUCUUUCUACAUAAUUCACAUCUCUUUCUUAGUCAUUUAAGUUUACACUGAAAACGUUUUAUCCCGACAAUUAUUUAUUAUAUAAAAAAUAAACAUAUAUACAUACAGUACCAGUCAAAGGUUUUGACACAGCUACUCAAGCAAGGGUUUUCUUAUUUUCUACAUUGUGGAAUAAUAGUGAAGACAUCAAAAAUAUGAAAUAACACAUGGAAUCAUGAAGGAACCAAAAAAGUGUUAAACAGAUUUUAGAUUCUUCAAAGUAGCCACCCUUUGCCUUGAUGACAGCUUUGCACACUCUUGGCAUUCUCUCAACCAGCUUCACCUGGAAUGCCUUUUCAACUGUCUUGAAGGAGUUCCAACAUGCUGAGCACUUGUUGGCUGCUUUUCCUUCACUCUGCGGUCCAAAUCAUCCCAAACCAUCUCAAUUGGGUUGAGGUCGGGUGAACGUGCGCUCCAAAUCAUCCCAAACCAUCUCAAUUGGAUGGAGGUCGGGUGAUUGUGCGGUCCAAAUCAUCCCAAACCAUCUCAAUUGGGUUGAGGUCGGGUGAUUGUGGAGGCCAGGUCAUUGGAUGCAGCACUCCAUCACUCUCCUUCUUGGUCAAUUAGCCCUUAUACAGCCUGUAGGUGUGUUGGGUCAUUGUCCUGUUGAAAAACAAAGGAUAGUCUUAGCGCAAACCAGAUGGGAUGGCGUAUCGCUGCAGAAUGCUGUGUUAGCAAUGCUGGUUAAGUGUGCCUUAAAUUCUACAUAAAUCACUGACAGUGUCACCAGCAACGCACCUCCACACCAUCACACGCCCUCCUCCAUGCUUCACUGUGGAAACCACACAUGUGUAGAUCAUCUAUUCACUUUAUUCUGCAUCUCACAAAGACAUGGCGGUUGGAACCAAAAAUCUCACAUUUGGACUCAUCAGACCAAAGGACAGAUUUCCACUGGUCUAAUGUCCAUGUCUUGUGUUUCUUGGCCCAAGCAAGUCUCUUUUUCUUAUCGGUGUGCUUUAGUAGUGGUUUCUUUGCAGCAAUUUGACCAUGAAGGCCUGAUUCACGCAGUCCACUGAACAGUUGAUGUUGAGAUUUGUGUUACUUGAACUCUGUGUAGCAUUUAUUUGGGCUGCAAUCUGAGAUGCAGUUGACCCUAAUGAACUUAUCCUCUGCAGCAGAGGUAACUCUGGGUCUUCCAUUCCUGUGGCGGUCCUCACGAGAGCCAGUUUCAUCAUAGCGCUUGAUGGUUUUUGUGACUGCACUUGAAGAAACUUUAAAAGUUCUUGAAAUGUUCCGUAUUGACUGAACUUCAUGUCCUAAAGUAAUGAUCGACUGUUGUUUCUCUUUGCUUAUUUGAGCUUUUUUUGCCAUAAUAUGGACUUAGCCCUAUUUGGUAAAAGACCAUCUUCUGUAUCCCACCCCUACCUUGUCACAACACAACUGAUUGUCUCAAAAGCAUUAAGGAAAGAAAUUCCACAAAUUGACUUUUAACAAGGCACACCUGUUAAUUGAAAUACAUUCCAGGUGACUACCUCAUGAAGCUGGUUGAUAGAAUGCCUAGACACUGCAAAGCUGUCAUCAAGGCAAAGGGUGGCUACUUUGACGAAUCUCACAUAUAAAAUAUGUUUUGAUUUGUUUAACACCUUUUUGGUUACUACAUGAUUCCUUAUGUGUUAUUUCAUAGUUUGGAUGUCUUAACUAUUAUUCUACAAUGUAGAAAACAGUAAAAAUAAAGAAAAACCCUUGAAUGGGUAGAUGUGUCCAAACUGUUGACUGGUACUGUAUAUAUCAUAAUAUAUAGUCCUUUUUAUUUUUUACAUAAGCAUCCCAGAAAAGCACUUAGGCAGCCCACCCAAGACUUUUCUAUGUAGAAAAAACCCUGGCUGCUGUACUUUUGAACAUAUUAUUUGGUGUUCUGCACAGUGGUUUGAUUGGGUUUGCCUUGUUGUUUUUACAAGGUUGUGGUACUGAGAGAGGACUACACAGGGAAAUAUCCACAGUCUUUCUCCUUUUUAAAAAGAAGAACCUCAAAUGCUGCUGAUUUUGUUUAGUGGUUUUCAGAAGCUUGAUUUUCCAUGUUAUAUUUAUUUUCUAUUCUGUUUCGAGGAAUGCAUUGAAAUAAGUCUGUCGUUCCACCAAUUCGGUGCCUUUUGAUCUGGAUAUUGUUUGUUGAUUUCACCUACUUUUAGACAUUUUAUCAUAAAGAGUACAUGUUCAACUUAAUUUAAAAUACACAUUUUCCCAUCUCGAGUUUGAAUGUAAAAAAAUUAACUAUAGUAAGUGCUAAGUAAAGUAACAAUCUUAAUUUUAUCUUAAAUCAGCCAUAAAUCCCCUUGUGGCAGAGCUUGUUGUGUGCAGCAGGGAGGGGAAAUUGAAUGCAUGCUUCACAAAACAAUAGAAUUCUUCCACAAUGUCAAGCCUGGGCAUCUAUGGUUAACAGGGUUGGCGUGUUCUGCUCGGCCCGCUCAGUUUUCCACUGCAAAACACCAGAAAUGUUUUCAGAAGAACCAGCUCACCUGCUCUUACUCGCUUAUUUGGACUAGUAGAUGUUCAAUGUGUUUUUAUUAAAAAUGAAUAUUAUUUAAAAAGUUUCACCAUAUUAAAACAAGAGUUUUCAUAACCGGGUUGAGCUUAAAAUUAGGGAAAAGUUCAUUUUUUUCUUUAAACUGAAUGCCUAAUCGCAUUUUAAAUUAAUAAAAAUCUUCAGAAAUGACUUUCAAAGCAACAAAAUAACUAGGACUUUACAAUGAUGGUGAAAUGUUCAUCUUCUUCGAAGUCACAGAGAGACAUCAAAUGCAGAAUUUUGGCAAUUUAGUAAGUCUUUAUUCAUAUAAAAAAUAUAUAUUUAUUGAAAUCUCCAUUGGUCUAUAUUAAAGGGCACUUCAUCAAAUAUAAUGCUGUUAAAUUUUGUACUUAAAAUAUCAAAGGGAUGCAAAGGGCACUUAUUUCGUGGAACGACCCAAGUAGAAUUUGAUUGUUUUAAUUGUUAUCCCUGGACAGAAUGUGAGUGUGUGUGUGAAUGUAUGUACACAUUUCUACACUGACGAGGGUCUCUCAUGGUGAGCUAAAAAGCACAUAAUUCAUCAAAUGAAAAACUGAAAGAAAACAUUGCCUUCUGUUUUAGGGAAAGUGUUUUUACAGACAGUACUUUGUCAUUUUAGGAUUAGUGGUACUACACUAGUUUGUGCUGUCAUUCUGAAUGCUCUGUGUGUGUCUCUGACUGACUGCAGAAAGUUUGUACUGUGUGUCUUAUCUAAUGUACUUAUCCUUGAAGGAUGUUUUUGUACAUGUUAAAAAGCCUAACAGAUACUUUUAUCCAAAGCAAUGUACUGUGCUGAUAAUACAAUACCACUCACACUGGU